AUGGUUGCUCGGUCGAAAAUCUGCGCCCAGCCAAAACGGCUUCCUGAGUUCUUCAACAACGCUGAUGGUCGCCGGCGCCACACCGUGGAUGCCAAGGCCACCUCUUCGGCUCUCGGUAUCGUCUUCGUGUUGGAUCUAAACCCCGUGAUGGCUUCUCACCAAGUUACUCCACAGGCUUUGAUCCUCAAACUCCACCUUGGAGGGGGCAAAGCUGAAUCUCGUAUCGACGGGAGACCGACGACGGCUCAGCCAAGGAAACCCGCGGCGUCCCGUGGAUCUCCUAGAAUCCUCCGAGAUCUGUUCGAUGCGAAUGCGGAGUCCGGCGCGAUGCCGACCCCUCCUGAGCAGAUGUAG